GGGCACGGAUUGGUUCAGCCUCAUUCAAAAGUGACAGCGGAUUAUCGAUGGAUUCCGGUCGUCUCCGAUGAAACUUUGGAUAACUAACCGGAGGGAAAUGGUCACUUCAUCCACCUCCUCUUAGUGGCUUUGGAAAUUUAAAUAAGGCAACGACCGAGCUGUUCUGCAAACUCUGACAUCCAGGGGAGAGGCAUUCGCGGGACGACGACAUAGCUAGCUAGCAAAAACCUACAACGGCUUGACGGGAGGCGCGCUGAUGCUAACGCUAACGGUUACAGUGUCAGGGGUGGGGUUAUUCUGAGUGCUGGCUCCAGUGCGUCAUCAAGCCGCCAUUUUACAUCCGCCCAUAAAAUCCUGAGAAUGAAACUAAUGAAAAACUGUAAAAGGGUUAACUCCAUAAUAUACUAACACAGAGUUUACAGACUUUAUACGUGUUUUCAGGAAUUAUUUUUUUGACAUAACUAAUGUGUUUAGAGACAAAUUUCUGACUUUGCUUUACACAGACACCUUAACUGCUCAAUAACUCUCGUGCUAACAUUGUGUUGUGCUAUUCAGCGUUGGAAAAUAGGGCAAAGUUUUUAGAAUUUUAAAACUAAAACUGAAUUAUUAUGUGUCACUUUUAAUACAAUCAAAUUAAUACAAUUAUUAAUAAAAAUGUAAUCAACCGUAUGAUGUUUAGAAAUGGUUUUCUUUAUAUAUGUAAUUUUUUAUAUUAAAAGUAUAAGUCUAUAUAACAACAUUGGGUUAUUUCACACUAUAAGUCACUGGAUUAUUCUUUUUUAAAUAUCAUUUUUAGAGGAAUAUUAACCACAUUAAACGGCCUCUGGAAAUGAGUCACCAGUCUACACGGAGUCUUUGAAGGCAGCAUGGCGUUUUUAUGCUGGGAGGCAGAACAGCAGAUGUCACUAUAGAUAGCCAAUAUAAACACCUCAUAUCCCGGUGUAUUUAAUUUCAUGCACAUCUCUAAGCCCACACAGCCAGUAGGUGGCCUCGGUCGAUCGUUUUAUAUGUGGCGUUUGUUUCAAAUACUAAUUUCUGUUCCAGCUGUCCUCCCCCUCUGUCUGCCUGUGUCACAGCUCUCCAGGAAUGGGAAGGUGUCUCGGUAUGUUAGGUAGGCUACGCGGAAGUGUGAUUACAGCGCGUGUAACUCCGCGUAAAUGACAGGACGCUCCUCGGUGCGUCUCUGAUCAAGACUGUCGCGGAUCACAGCUGGUACCUCAACAUGGCACCCAGAGACCCUCUCCUCGGCACCCUGAAAGUGUGUGUCCUAAACCUGCAGUCAGAUGGAGAGACAGUGACAGACACCAACCCUCACCUCGCCUCUUGCUGUGAGCUUCUUGAACUGGUCCUCAGGAAGGGGCUCCAGCAGCCAGUUCUCAGCCUGGUGCAGAGAGACUACUGGCAGUGCUUCGAACAACUUCCUCAACAAGAUGCCUGUGGCAGGCUGUCUGCUCUGUCGUUGGCAGUGGAGCAGACCAGAGUUUGCAGGAAGCUGCUCUCAGCUCAGGGCCGGGGCCGCUACCUGCUCAGACUGGCCCUCAGCCGCAAGACCCUGUCACAGUUCAUCACACACCUGCUGCACACACCCAGAAUCCUGGAGUGGUACAGCCCGGCUUUAUCAAUUCUCAGGAAUGAGGAAUUUGUGGAGCCUUUCAUGUCGCUGCUGCUCGUCCUCUCUCACAUGGAGUUCAAACUGGACAUGGAGAAUUGUAGUUUUCUGGAUGAGAGUUGGCUCCUACCGGUGUGUGAAAUAUAUGAAGUGGUGCCCUGUCGGGAAGUUGGGAUGGUUUUGAGGUAUCUCAGUGGGCGUGUCUUUGUCCUCGACCUGAUGCCUGGAGGUCAGGCUGACGUCGACAAGUUCAUCUGUCCCGGUGACAUUAUUGAUGAAAUCAACGGGACGUCGCUGAGGAAUUCAAAGUGUGGACAGGCAGGUGUGGUUCUGUCACGACUGAAGGGCUGCCCCCUGUCUAUCCACGUUAUACGAUGGAGAGCCCAUGACGGGACGGUGUAUCGGCCCCUUAUCAAACUCCUGCGAGCCCUGAGGACGGAGAACCCCAUGCUGCAGCUUGGUCUUGCCACCUCCCUACAGCCGGCCCCCCAGGACCAGAGGCCUUCACCCGUCACAGUGUCUCAAAGAGGGAAGGAUUGUGUACAUUGUGCAGUUCUUAGGAAAAGCAAACAUCGGGAUGUUUGGAGGCAAGGAGGUGCUGCAGCAAGCAAUCCCACAGGUGCUGCAGAAAAACCAGCCUAGCAAGGAGGUGCUCUUAGACAUGAAGGAAACACACUUGACAUGCACAGAAAGAAGCAGCAAACUGGAGCUGUUUGAGCACCACUACCCAGAGAUUUCAUGUGUAGGAAGAUUCGGCCAACCAGACUACACAAUAUUUGCUUUCUGUGUGGCUUGAGGUCACUCCCCUCCAUAGAGACAUGUGGUGAUGCAACAUCCAAGCCUACACAGCUUUGUUGUCAUUGGCUGGACCAGAUGUCAGCUGAGCAUGUGAUUGGCUCUGUUCACAGAGACUCCCCAGAAACCCCC